CUUUCCGCAGUUCGAGGGAGAAAACUGUCGAAAUUUUUUCUACCUUGUUGAAUGUGCGUUGGAAUUAGCUUCAGAAAAUCUAUUGUUGUUUCAAAGGCCGUGCAUAUUUUUUUGUUUUCUUUUGGCGUGGAGUGUGUGUUUAAAGAUGUCUAAAAAAAGAUUUAAUAUAGAAAAAUUUGUGUGGUACGAUGCAUCUUCAAAUAAAAGUGUUUGCCUAAUAGAAACUUGCAAAAAGGAGCUCAGUGGAAAGAUAAAGGGGAACAUUAAAAGACAUUAUAAACUAGUUCAUAGGCAAGAUAUUGAAAGCGGCGAUGAAAGCGAUAGCGACGAUGUUCCUAUAUGCAAAAAAAGUAAAAACACAAUUAAGUUAAGCACUACUAUGAAUAAAGCCGAUUUUUUGAAGUGUUGCGUUGGAUUGGUGACAAAGCAAAAUAUUCCAUUUAGAAUAUUUGACGACAAUGAGUGUUUUAAGCAACUAAUUGCACCAUACGAGCAGAAAUUUGACAUAAAUUUAAACACAAACAAUGUGGGAACAGUUUUGGAGAAUGCAUAUAAACAUAUAAAAUCCGAAAUAUCAGCUUUAGUUAAAAACAAAAUGAUUUGCCUCAAAAUUGACAUUGCCAGCCGAAUGGAAGGAAGUGUCCUUGGUAUCAACAUACAGUACAUUAAGGACUACAAAAUUUGUAUUCACACUAUUGGUAUGGUGCAAACAACAAACCGACAUACUGCCGCGAACUUGAAAGAGGAAAUUUUGAAAUGCCUUGAAGAAUAUAAUAUUCGUAUAAACCAAAUUUAUUCGUAUACAACCGAUAAUGCAGCCAGUGUAUUAAAGCUGUCGAGAUUAUUGCAAGGAGAGCAUCACGAUAUUAUAGACAAUGAGAUGGUCGACAUUGACGUUGCCGAGUGCAAUCUGGUUGAAUCGAAUGUCGCGUCGGUUUUUUCGGCUGUGCGUUGCGUAGCACAUGCAGUUCAAUUAGCGGCUGAUGAUGUAAUAAAAACACUCGAAAACGACAUCGAAGAAUGUAGAAUAAUAGCUAAGAAAGUUCGAACCUUAGUGACACCGGAUAACGAUGAAAUCAGCUUGCCAUGCUUAGAUGUCAUAACAAGAUGGAAUUCAACUUACAAUAUGAUAUGCGAAAUUCUUUCGCUUAAAGAAUUUAUUGAAAACAUGGACAAUUUUAACAGCUUUGACAUAAACUGGAUAUUCAUCCAAAAUUUUGUAAUGGCAUUUGCGCCAUUGGCAAAAUGCACUUUAAAACUUCAAAAGGAACAAUAUAUAUUGGGAGACUUUCUUCGCGAUUGGCUAGCAUGUGAGUUGGAAUUGGAAGAACUAGCUUCUCUAAACCAAUACGCGGCAGCUCUCCUAAAUGCGAUGAGGAGCAGAAAAGAUAUUCUUUUGAAGCAUGAUGCCUUUGCAGCCGCAAUAUAUCUUGAUCCGCGCUAUAAUUUCAAUGGUACACCUUUUCUUACUGAAGAUUGUAAGAAACGCGCAAUGGAUCAUUUACUUAAAGUAUAUGAAAUGGUGAAGCAUUUGGAGAGUGAUUCGUAUGAGCAGGAGUUUAUUAAAUGUUCCAAUUCAUCAAGUUCCAGUUCCCAAGACGACAUUCCCACUUCAUCAGCGAGUGCUUACGAUAAGCUGGAUCUUCACGUCCAAAAUUUAAUGAACACACAAAAGUUAUCAUCUCAAGGCCUGGCAGCGAGCACUAAACUGAAACUAAUGAGACUUUGUGAAGGAGAAAGACUGUCCUUUGGUACCAAUGUUCUUGAGUAUUGGCGAAAAUCGUGUGAUAGAGAAAAGGAAUUGACGCUAAUUGUAGAAACUAUAUUAGCCCUGCCUGCCACUCAGGUUUCUGUGGAGCGUUCAUUUAGCGCAUUAUCUACAAUAUUAACAAAUUUAAAAUCAAAGCUUUCAAAAAAAUCUCUUUCUAAUUUAGUCAUAGUAAAGUUAAAUUAUGAGCUCCUAAAUUUUUCAAAUUUUGAUCUUGAUGAUAAUACAAUAGCAAAGCAAAUUGCUUUCACCCAUGUAUGAAUAUUCAUUAUAUAUAUUUAUGUACAUAUGUAUGUAUACGAACACAUAAGACCAACAUAAUAUAAA